AUGAAGCGCCAGGCUGUUUGUCAGUUGCAAAGGGUUGCGGCCUCGUCCAGACCUAUCCGGCUCCCCCUCCAGAUCGCUCGAGCAUAUUCGACCCAUCCGCCACAAGCACGUCUGAACAAGCCGAUAGACUACUCGGAAACGCAAUUAUUAGCUCACAGCAGCAAGGGACCGGCGCUUGGUAAUCACAAUGAGAUUCCUCCAGAAGUACGGAACGGCGCCACCAGAAAGAUGAACCUGUUCCAGGCCAUCAACGAUGCUCUGGGGAUUGCCCUAGCCGAGGACGAUUCGGUUGUGGUAUUUGGCGAGGAUGUUGCGUUUGGAGGAGUGUUUCGUUGCACAAUGAAGCUCGCAGAGACGUAUGGUGCUGAACGCAUCUUCAACACUCCAUUGACGGAGCAAGGCAUCAUGGGCUUCGGUAUAGGUCUGGCGGCACAGGGAAUGCGACCGGUUGCUGAAAUCCAGUUUGCCGACUACGUCUUUCCUGCUUUCGAUCAGAUUGUCAACGAGGGAGCGAAACUGCGAUAUCGCGAAGGGGCCACAGGAGUCCACGCCGGCUCAUUGACAGUUCGCAUGCCCUGUGGUGGCGUUGGUCAUGGUGGUCUGUACCACUCCCAGUCACCCGAGAGUCUCUUCACCCAUGUCCCCGGAUUCCGGGUUGUUAUGCCUAGAUCACCAAUCCAAGCAAAGGGCCUUUUAUUAUCAGCUAUUCGAAGCAAUGACCCUGUGCUCUUUAUGGAGCCCAAGAUUCUCUACAGAGCUGCCGUUGAGCAAGUGCCCGAAGCUGCCUACGAGCUGCCCCUGUCCAAAGCGGAAGUCGUCAAGGGGGGCGAGGACAUUACCGUUAUUUCCUAUGGUCAGCCCAUGUAUACCUGCCUAUCAGCCAUCCAGAAGGCCGAAGAAGACUUGGGCAUCUCUUGUGAGCUCAUUGAUUUGAGGACCGUGUAUCCCUGGGACAAGGAAACCGUCUUGGCCAGUGUUCGAAAAACUGGGCGCGUUCUCGUCGUUCACGAGGCAAUGGUCAACGCCGGAAUCGGUGCCGAAGUGGCUGCAGCUAUUCAGGAAGAUCCCGAGACCUUUGUCCGGCUGGAAGCUCCUGUGGCACGGGUGGCAGGCUGGAGCAUUCACAGCGCCUUGAUGUUUGAGAAGUUUAACAUUCCAGAUGUUGCACGUGUGUACGAAAAUAUCAAGAAGAGUCUCAAUUACUAG